AUGAGGGCCCUUAUUCGAACAACAGCCCUGGUUGGCUUGUACGCCGCCUUGGUCGCCUCGUCCCCUGCUAGGCAACCCUUGGAGCCGGACUCUGAGCACAUCCUCGAGGAGCGCGCUACGUUAGAAGUCAACCUGCCCUCGGGCGGCACAAUCACAGGAUCCUCGUCGGGCAAUGUCGAAAGCUUCAAGGGAAUCCCUUUCGCCGACCCCCCCGUCGGCCCCUUGCGCCUGAAACCGCCCGUACGAUUCUCCGGGACCUUUGGCAGGCGGGAUGGGACCAGGACUGCCCCUGCCUGCCCGCAAAUGCUUUUUCCCAAGGCCGCCCUGGACAAGCUCGGGCCCUUUGCCAGCGAUGUGCUUCAGCUCCCCAUGUUUGCCGCCCUCACCGGACAAGAAGACUGUCUCACGGUCUCGAUCCAGCGCCCGGCGGGCACCAAGGCAGAUGCCAAGCUUCCCGUUCUCUUCUGGAUCUACGGCGGCGCCUUCCACUUUGGUGCUACGUCGACGUACGACGCCACGAGUCUGUUGAAAACCGCAGUGGGCCAGAACCAGCCGUUCAUCUUCGUCGCCGUCAACUACCGCGUCGGCGGCUUCGGCUUCAUGCCUGGCAAGGAGAUCCUCGCCGACGGCAGCGCCAACCUGGGCCUGCUCGAUCAGCGCAUGGGGUUGGAGUGGGUCGCCGACAACAUCGCGGCCUUUGGGGGCGACCCGUCCAAGGUGACGACCUGGGGGUUGUCGGCAGGGGCCAUCUCCGUCUUCGACCAGCUCGUGCUCUUCGACGGCAACGCCACCUACAAGGGCAAGCCGCUGUUUCGCGGCGCCAUCAUGAACUCGGGGACCAUAGCCCCCGCAGACCCCGUCGACUGCCCCAAGGGCCAGGCCGUCUACAACCAGGUGGUCCAGGCCGCGAACUGCUCGGGCGCCGCCGACACGCUCGCGUGCCUGCGCCAGCGCGACUACAAGACGUUCCUCGCCGCCGCCAACUCGGUCCCGGGCAUGUUCUCGUACCAGUCGGUCGCGCUCUCGUACCUGCCCCGACCGGACGGCAGGGUCCUCACCGACAGCCCCGACAAGCUCCUCCAGUCGGGGCGGUACCACGCCGUGCCCAUGAUUGUGGGCGACCAGGAGGACGAGGGCACCAUGUUCGCCCUCGGCACCAGGAACCUCACCACGGCCGAGCGGGCCGUCGACUACCUCUCCAAGUUCUACUUCCCGAGCGCCACCAAGGCCCAGCUCGCGCAGUUCGUCAGCUUCUACAACCCGGCCGUCCUGCAGGGCAGCCCCUUCCGGACCGGCUUCUUCAACGACUGGUACCCCGGCUUCAAGCGCAUGGCCGCCGUGCUCGGCGACCUCAGCUUCACCCUGUCGCGCCGCGUCGCCCUCGGCCUCGCCACGCAGGCCAACCCCUCGGUGCCCGUGUGGUCGUACCUCUCGUCCUACCUGUACGGCACGCCCGUCCUCGGCACCUUCCACGUCUCGGACCUGCUGCAGGUCUUUUUCGGGACCGUCGACAACAACGCCAUGCGGAGCUGCCGCACCUACUACUUUAACUUUUUGCACAACCAGGACCCGAACAAGGGGGUGGGCGGGUACGCGAACUGGCCCAGGUGGCAGGAUGCCAAGAAGCUCAUGUGGUUCCGGUGGCCGUUUGCCAACGACUACGUGGAGGACAAUUUCCGGAGCCAGGCGGCGGACUUUAUAGCGCAGAACAGGGACAGCUUGCGCGUGUAG